AUGGCGGACCAACAUUCCACUUCCCACCUCCACCGUCCGCUUCUGCCCACGCCCACCGUCGUCUCCACCGCCCGUUUUGACAACAGAAAUUUCUUCUCCACCAAUUCUGAUGUCUUCCUCCGCCUGGCAUUAAUCCUCUCCGUCGGGCUGAUCUCUCUAUGGGCCAACCACGAAGCAUCUAAAGGCUUCCAAGUCCAAAUCUUUAACGAUGCCAGAGACUCUCCGGCUGGCAAGCGAUUCGACCUCUUCUACAUCUCAAAUGACCGAGCCACCAGAAUUCUCCUCAACGCCAGUACUUUCGUCGAGCACUUGGUCUACGCCCCAGAAGACCAUCCAAAUCAGAAGAAGCCAGUUCACAGGGUCGCCCUCCGUCUUGCCUCCACCAGCAACCUAACCGCUGAUGAAACCGUCACGAACCACGGAGGCAAAUUUGUCAUCCGAUUGAGUCCGUCCCUGAUCCAAGGUCUGACUGCCGGGAGCAGAGACUCUGCAAUUGCUUCCGCCGUCUUGCGAGGCAUGGCAAGAGUCUGGUUGUGGGACGGCGGGGAGGAGUCCAGAGCUCCGUCGUGGGUGAUCGAAGCUGCCAUGGAGUGCGUGAGCAGAAUGGCAGGUUUCGGCGUCGGUGGUAGCUGGGAGGAGUUGCCGGCGGAGAACGGUGGCGGCCGGCGGCGGGUGUGCUGGGGGGAAACGACGGAUGCUAGGAUGCUCGCGGGAAUUAUGGAGCACAGCGAGCGGCAUAGCAAGGGAUUCAUAUUAGAACUAGCAGUAGCUAGGGUAGAGAAAGGAAGAAGAAGACGACGGCACAAUUGGAACGCGCAAGAGGAAAUUGAUUCCCUCUGCUUUCAUUUUAUAUCAAGUUCACCCAGCUUCUGGUUCACGUUACAAAACAGUAGAAAUGGAAAUGCAGAAACAGAAAUACAAAUUGACUGUAAAUGUAAAGCCACGUGUUGUGGCGUCAUUCGUCUCGGUUGGUUCCACCCAACGGUAAGUAAAUGA